GAAAGCGGUGGGUGGAGCUUGGACGGCUGCAUUUUAAACCUCUGGUUUUAAUUUCUCUCUCUCUCUCUCUCUCUCUGCAUUUGUAUUUAGGCUGGUGCAGUCCCCCUUGAAUGGAGCUGCUAGGAUGGCGUCUGGCUGCGCUCCGCCCAAACUGGAGGAGUUCAUUCUCACAGAAAAACUGGGUAGUGGCACCUAUGCCACUGUGUAUAAAGCCUACAGGAAGGUGAACAGUCGAGAGGUGGUCGCCAUUAAGUGUGUGAGUAAGAAAAGUUUGAACAAAGCCUCUGUGGAGAACCUGUUGACUGAGAUCGAGAUCCUGAAGACGGUCAGACAUCCUCAUAUCGUGCAGCUGAAGGAUUUUCAAUGGGACAACGUGAACAUUUACCUCAUCAUGGAGUUCUGUGCCGGCGGCGAUCUCUCCCACUUCAUCCGCAGUCGCAGGAUGCUUCCUGAACAAGUGGCCAGGCGCUUUCUGCAGCAGCUGGCCUCAGCUCUCCAGUAUCUCCACCAGCGGAAUAUCUCCCACCUCGACCUGAAGCCACAGAAUAUCCUGCUUAGUUCCCUGACCACCCCUCAUCUCAAGCUUGCUGAUUUCGGCUUCGCUCAGCACAUGUCUCCCUGGGAUGAGAAAUACGUCCUGCGGGGAUCCCCUUUGUAUAUGGCACCAGAGAUGGUUUGUCGGCAGCAGUAUGAUGCUCGAGUGGACCUGUGGUCAGUGGGAGUUAUCCUGUACGAAGCUUUAUUCGGCCGCCCCCCAUUUGCAUCGAAGUCGUUCACGGAGCUGGAGGAGAAAAUUCGGAGUGACAAGGCAAUCAAGCUUCCGCCAGGUGCUCGGGUUUCGGGAGACUGCAGGGAUCUGCUGCUCCGGCUGCUGGAGAGGGAUCCGGAGCGCAGGAUAAUCUUCGAGGAAUUCUUCACCCACCCCUUCGUGGACCUGGAUCACAUGCCGAACUCUGAGAGUCUGGAGAAGGCUACUGCCCUGGUUGUUCAAGCUGUGAAAGAGGAUCAGCUGGGAGACCAUUCUGCCGCUCUCUCCCUCUACUGCAAGUCACUGGAGUACUUUGUUCCGGCGUUACACUACGAACCUGACAGACAACGGAAGAUAGCCAUUCGCUCAAAGGUAACUCAGUACAUCUCCAGGGCGGAGGAGCUGAAGGCUCUGGUUGCCGUGAGCAACAAAGCUAACUUUGAGCAGGCCAAGUCGGCAAGAGAUAUCUUGAAAGAGAUGUGCCGGGAUAAACCACGACUCUUUGCUGCACUGGAGGUUGGUUCUGCUGCGAUUGCUAAGGAAGAAGAAGGUGAUGAUUCAGCAGAAACACUGGACCUUUAUCAGCAAAGUCUGGGAGAGCUGCUGCUCAUGUUGGCAAGUGAGCCACAGGGCAGAAGACGAACUAUGCUACACAAGGAGAUUCAGAACCUCAUGAGCCGAGCUGAAUACCUGAAGGGUCAAUUAAAGAUGCGAGAGACUCGGAACGAAGCGGCUGCUAUGGACCAGGAUCCUUUCUCAGAGUCCAUCAAGAGCAAUUGCUCACUCCAGUGAUCACAAAUGCAUUAAAUACACACCUUGGUGCUGACGUCUUUCGAACCUUCCCUGGGCUAACUCAAACCAAUCCUGGACACAACUCUAGGAGUGUUAAUCCCAGCCUCCUGAAGCAAUGACAAGUACCGGAAAUCAAACUGGUACAAGGGUCUUUUGUAAAACAGUUUUACAUUUGCACUUUUUUUUUUCAAAAAUCACAAACUUUGAAGCUUAAUUUUUCACAGGUAAGGGGUCAUAUAUUUGCCACUUAACUGAUAAGAGGAAGCAGACCUGUUUAAUUUUGUCCUAAAUUGGGCUUUUGAAUUUGGAAAUGUUCACUGCUGCAGUCAAAUCAUCCCGUUUCAUUUUACGCGUGCUACGAGUCGCGUGAUUGGUUGCAGCAAUGGCGAAUAGCAACUGAUCAUCAGAACAAGGGGCGAAGCAAGUUAAAGAAGGCAAGAACCUACAUAUCGAUGAUGCUGUGCAUGGCUGCUGGAGAUCCCAAGCCACUUUUCUGAAAUGUGAUCAAUGUUGUGAGGUUACAACCAAUUUCCUCUCAGCUAAGUUGCUGGCUAAAUUCUUUGGACACACAAGAAAGAGCACCAAACUUUUAAAAAAAAAAGUAUCCUUUCAAAUGUGCUCGGUUCUAACAUUUAUUUUGCAAACCACCUGUUAAUGUAAUGUCUGUUUUUCUUUUAAUUUCAUUUGCCUAUUUUGGGCUUGCUUGCUUUUUCUGUCAGUGCCUGAGUUCCCAGAUUGGUGGGGGGGGUGGGGUGCGGUGUGGAGGAGGUUGCUGUUUGAAGAGGUCUCAAGCAGCAACUACCCACCUCCGAAUGUCAGUCCAACCCUCCACAGCCGCCCUCCCUUCCGCCUCGUUAUUUACUAUGAAUUCCUUCGACAGCAUCUUCCAAACCCACGACCACUACCACCUAGAAGGACAAGGGCAGCAGGUAGGUGGGGACACCACCACUUGGAAGAUCGCCCUCCCAGCCACUCACCAUCCUGACUUGGAAAUA